AUGAUACACACCCAUUUCCAAUGUAUAUAUAUAUAUAUACAUACACACAUACACAUACAUACGCACACAUACAUGUACAUACGCACAAUGCACACACAUAUGCACAUACAUGAACAUACUCACACAUACACAUAUACAUACAUAUGCAUACACACGUACACAUACACAUACACACAUACGUACAUAUAUACGUCACAUAUACAUACAUACAUACAUACGUACAUAUACACACAUACAACGUAUAUACACAUACACACAUACACAAACGUACACUCAUAUAUAAAUAUAAUAUUACAUAAAUAUAUAUUGCAGGAAGAAAAAAAACAGGAACAAUUAAUGGAUGGUAAUUUAAAAAAAAAAAGCUGA